AUGCUUCCAGAAACGCAGAGUGAGACAUUGGGAUACCACGUCAACGUACUCCAUACACUAGGUCCGCCGCUCUCGGAAAAAAGUCUCCUCCAGCCAGCUAAGCAAGAAAAGACUUUACAGCCACUUCCAAGACAUGGGAAAUUCUGCCCCAUGCCAACGUGCCUAGCCCAGCCCCCCACGAAAUACUUACCUACUCCUGCAUCAACCAAGGCACAGAAAAAACCACGUGCUCGACAACGGCAUCCUACGAGCACGAAAGACCACGAGGAAAAAGCAAUAAACAAUUAA